GCCAGUCCUUCGUCAUGAGUUUUGAGAAGGUCAGGGGUCUGAUGCCGCCGAUCAUGGGAUUGGCACACCACCUGUCAGUGUCCAUCAGUGCCUUGUGUCAGUGCUCACCAGUGCCUCGUGCCAGUGCCCAUCAGUGCCACAUCAAUGUCACAUAUCAGUGCCUACCAGUGCACAUCAAUGCCACAUAUCAGUGCCCAUCUGAGCUGCCUUUCUGUCACCCAUCAGUGCCAGUCAGUGCCACCUAGCAAUGCCAAUCAGUGCCACCUAUCAAUGCUGCCAAUCAGUGCCACCUAUCAG